AUUUUUUCGUUUGCCAUGAUAUAUUGGUUGUCAUAAAUUGUUUCAACUGUAGGCCCUGUUUCAACUCUGGGGUUUACCGGCUGUCUGCACCAAAUUCCACAGUGUUUAGCUGGCAGCACCUUGAGAAAUUAUCUCCAACACCACAAGCAUAACGCCACAUGACGGGAAAAGUCCGUGUGCUCUUUCUUCUUGUGGAUGGCAUCGGCGAUGUGUCGGUUCCGGAGUUCGGGGACAGGACACCGCUCGAAGUGGCCCAUGUUCCGCAUUUAGAUGCUAUUGCAGCGGCUGGCCUGACUGGGCUGAUGGACCCCGUGGAACCGGGCUUGGCGUGUGGCAGUGACACGGCGCACAUGUCCCUUUUCGGAUACGAUCCCAGGAUUCACUACCGGGGCCGGGGCGCCUUUGAGAGCAUGGGCGCCGGUAUCCCCAUGGCCCCGGGUGAUAUCGCCUUCAAGUGCAACUUCGCCACUUUGGACUCCGCCAGCGGCAUCGUAGUGUCGCGCCGCGCGGACCGUCACUUUGAGCACGUGGGACCCGUGUUGUGCGCGGCACUAGACGGCCUCCCUCUGCCCGGCUACCCCCAGCACUCCGUGUCGGUCAAGUACGCCACAGAGCACCGAUGCGGGGUGGUGGUCCGGGGACCGGGGCUCACGGAUGCGGUCGGGGACACGGAUCCGCUCAAGGACAAACUCCCCCUCAAGCGUUCCGUGCCGACUGACGACACCGCCGAGGCGCAGUUCACUUCGGGGCUGGUCAACGCCGUGAGUGAUGCCUUCCGCGCAGUGCUGGAGACCCACCCCGUCAACCAGCGCCGCGCCGCGGAGGGUCAGCAGGUGGCCAACGUGGUGCUGCUCCGGGGCUGCGGCAGCCGCAUCCGGGUGCCCUCAUUCCAGCAACGACACGGCAUGCGGCCCUGCCUGGUGGCGCCCACGAAGAUCAUCGCAGGCUUGGGUAUGUCUUUUGACAUGGACGUCCUGGAUGCCCCCGGGGCCACUGGCUCGUACGACAGCAUGUUCCAUGCCAAGGCUGAGACAAUUUGCGACGCGCUCACGGGCGGCAACCGGCCGCCAGCACCCCCCAUGAAAGCAGCGCCGCCGCUGCAGCAACAAGGACAGGGAGAAAGUGGGGGUGGCGGGGAUGGGAAGGCCGCGGAACCCGCCGUGGAGGCCACGGAGGACGAGGGUGCUAAUCCGGCCUGGGAGCCUGGACGGAGGGGUCCCGCAAUGGAGGCUGGGGUGGCCGGUAGUAGCGGCGGCUACGAGUUUGGUUUUGUGCAUGUCAAGGCUGUGGACGAUACAGGCCACGAUCGGAUGCUUCAGAAUAAGGCAGGAGGCGGUCAGGGGCAGGCCUGGUCAGGGGCAGGCCUGGUCUUAACCGGAAGCCUGCAGAUUACGGGAUGGGUCCGCUUCCUCGAGGUGGUGGACCGCAUGGUGGCUCAGAUGCUGCGGCGGCUGUGGCAGGCGGAGGCGGCGGGGCGGGGCCGCUACCUGGUGGUGCUGGCGGGAGACCACUCCACGCCCGUGGUGUUCGGAGACCACUCCAACGAGCCGGUGCCCUUCGCCAUAGCAAGCGUGCGACACGCAGUGGAGGCCCUGGGCGGCCCGGCCUACAUCGAGAACGUCCCUCUGGGCCCCAUCCCGCUUCCCGACAUCAAGAAUCCACCGCCCUUCACGGAGCUGCGCAAGCAGGCUGCCUUCAAGGAUGCGCGCCGCAAGGCCGCCUGGGCGGGCCGGCCAUGGGAUCCCGCAAUGCCGGCCGAGUUGUUCGGGCCGUGGCGGGAGCCCUGGCCCCAGGCAGUGCGAGGCGAUCCCGUGCGCUCCUAUGACGAGGUGUCGGUGGCGCGGGGCGCACUGGGGCGGUUUCCUGGCUCUCAGGUCAUGGGGUUGGUAAAGCAGUUUGCCGGGUUUGCGGCGCCAGCGUGAAAAUAGAAGCGGUAAAGGUGGAGUGGAGCAACCAGUUAUUGUGGCACUUCCGCCUUAUGUGAGGGGGGCGAAGUGAUGCCAAGGCCACUGGGGGCCAAGGUGAGGGGUACGGCUGGCGCAUGAGCUGCAAGGUGCACUUACAAUGAAUGAAUUCGGUAUCCCUCACGGACAUCGGAGUUGCACGGGCCUGAACACCCCUGAACACCCCGGCAGUUUAACAUUACGACCUGUAACUUCUGUCGCCUUCUACACACACACACAUACACUUGCACAUAAACUCGUCUGUGAAUGACAUGGCCGUGCAAUAUCACCCCUGAUCACAAGCAAACAAAAUCGCACGCGAAAGGUUCGGACUAGGAUUAAUGUUUUGCAAACCUGCAUGUUGUAUGCCUGUACGUCUGUCGGUCCAGACAGAUCAUAGGCAGGGCAAAGCAGUUUUUAUUGAGCCCCAUUCCGUCCACGAUGAAUGCAAAAGCCAGCAUUACCCCGCUGGCAGGAGGCGUUCGGGGAGGUCAAAUCGCAUGGCCCUCCCUUAGAUUCAAAGCCCUAACGGGGAUUAUUCGGCAUGUCUCUGUUAAGGUUAAGAUCCCCCCUUCCAGACCCCGAAGGCGGAAGGUUAGACCAUACCAUACAAAUGCUUGCAUUGCACCCUGCUCAUAGACGAUACACGAAUGCUAUCUUAAUACACAUUAUGAAGGGAAAGUCCGCCAACAGAAGACAAAAUGCACCUCCGCUCGCUUUUGUAGUGUUACGUAGUAGCAGAUGCACCAGCAUGUGGACGUUACGAAUAUCGAACAAUACGAGUAAUGAUGCACAUGCAGCAGUGCUUAUACUGCCCUUCCCAGGUCCCCCUCCAACUAAGGGCAAUCCAGGUGGAGGG